AUAUUAGUUUCAUUUGGUCAUUCAGAUAGCUGUCAAAGUUCCUCCAAUUGAUUCAUCUACCUGCUCUCACUACGCUCGAGACUCGUCAUUAGCAUCGUAAAACGCCAACAAACUAGACAAAAGAGAGAAAACAUGUCUAACAAUUGCUUGCGGAUCACAAUCAUAGGAGCCGGUAUAUCCGGGAUCUUGAUGGCUUAUAAGUUACAGAAACACCUCCUUGAAUUCGUGGACUUCCGCAUCUUUGAGAAGAAUUCGGAUCUGGGAGGAACAUGGUUCGAGAACCGUUACCCCGGAUGUGCGUGCGAUGUACCAAGUCACGUCUAUCAGCACUCCUUUGCUCCGAAUCCUGACUGGUCUAAAUUCUACGCAUCAUCACAGGAGAUUCAGCAAUACCUCAAAAGAGUCGUUAAGCACUUUGACUUGGAUAAAUUCAUUCAUUAUAAUAGCACAGUCACCAGUGCAACAUGGCGAGAAGAUAGAGGAACAUGGAAAGUCGAGGUAGAGAACCAAGGAACUUUUGAAAGCGAAAUCCUUGUAAACGCCGGAGGCAUUCUGAACCACCUCCAAAUGCCUAAUAUCGAUGGCUUGGAUUCAUUCUCAGGACCACUGCUUCACACAGCUGCCUGGGAUAACUCUAUCGAUCUUAGAGACAAGAGAGUCGCAGUCAUUGGGGCGGGAGCUAGCUCAAUCCAACUUCUUCCUCAAAUCCAACAACAUUGCAGCCACAUUGAUGUCUAUAUCCGCACUCCGUCCUGGAUUUCCCCCGGUGGCCUUACCAAAUCCAAAUGCUACCAAUCAAAUAUACUCUGA